CACUUACUGAUUGUCGCACCAUCGUGAUAAAGCUGCAGGACCAGUUUUUUACUCCAUAAUAAAGCGUCGCACAUUGUUACGAGUAUUAAACAAGUACCAAACGAGUCAAAAUGGCAUCAAAGAAGGGUGGAAAGGGAAAGAAAGAGAAGAAGCCAAAGGGGAAGGUCCGGAAAUUCAAUCUUGACCUCUUUGGGAUUCUCACCUUUACCCGGAUAUAUGGGGUCCCCUUCGAAGGCUUCAUCAUGGGGGGUGGGAAGGAGGAUGGGAAAAAGGGGGCCAAGAAGAAACCACCCCCCGCCAAAGGGAAGAAAGGGGCCAAGGGCAAGAAAGUUCAAGAGGUCGCUCCAAAACUUCAGCAGUUUCCUCCUGUCGCUGAAGACCUCGUCAAGGAUGCCAAGAAGAUGCGACGCCUAGUAAAGUUCCAGGACCAGCCGGAUGUGAUCAUUCCAACCACGGACGUUGGUCAUAAGGAGAAGACGACCAGACCCCCGAAACCGUUCGAAGAAGGAGGAUCCAUUAGCGAUGUCAUGUGUGGGAAACGUUACCCACUGCCUCCACGUCCUCAGCCGCAUGGUGGAGUGUAUGGGGACAUGAAAUGUUUAAUGUGCAAAAGUACAGGUGGACUAAUGUCCAAUCCUUACACCAAAAUUAACAAGAAGCUCAGAAAAUUGUUAUACACCGAGUUCGAUAAGGCCAAAUACAUUAUUGAGUGGUUGACUGAACGAAUUACAAACUCGUUCAAAAAAUAUGAAGAUCACUUUGAGCAAAUUUUUGAGGAAAUGGGUCCCGUUCUCGAUGCACUAGACGAAUCCGAGUGGGAUGAUCAUUUUGAAGUUCGAGGAUUGAUUGAUAAAUGGCGUGACUUAAAAAAGAGUCUGGACGUCCUUCGUGCAGAGCUCAAACAGUUUCGUAAAAAUAAAGAGGAAGAAAUCGCGAAGGCUGUUGCGGAAAAAAUGCGAGAGUUUGAAGAGGUCGAACGACAAAUGUUAGCAAUGGAAAAAAAGAUUCAGGAGUCUGUUGAAAGUUUGAAAGACUGGCAGGAACAUGCAGAUACUAAAAUCUCUGGACCAGAAGCUGAAAUUGCUGCAACAAUAGCACUUCUUCAAAAAAUUCGUGAUUCAAUCUUCACUGAACGUGACACGCUUCGCCAACUUUUGGGAUGGGAAAUGUCCGUAGCGACUGAGGACACGGUGGCCGUGAUGGAGGAAGUGAUCCGCCAAGACUUGGACGUCAUUUUGGGAUGGAUGCAUCCUGCCUGGUUUCGCCUCUUCCUUGAGAACAGAAGGAUGCAGGAGGAGCGAGGUCGGCUUCGGAUGGAGAACCAUUUGCUGGAGCUGGAGGUUGAAACGCUGUCUCGCCAGGUGAGUCAGAUGGAGGGGAGUCAGAGGGAGGUCGAGAGCACAAGGACGCACUUUAUCACGCCACCCAACCUCAACGAGAGGGUCGACAAGUUCACCCGAAGGUACUACGGCCCCGACGACCGGGACAAGAUCCUCCUCCAAGACUACCCCACCACUAAACUCAUCCACGAGUAAAUUAGGACUCUUACUACCCAAAAUUCCAUGCAAACAAUUUGUUCAAAUUCACUGUGAUUCAAAUUCCCUCAAUAAUUGCAGCAAUAACAUUAAAGUAACAGACUGACUCCUAUUCGAUUAAA